GAUUUGGAUAAAACUUGAUAUCAAGCCAGUUCAGUCAGUUCACAGUUACAUAAUAAUAAUAUAACUAAAAUUCGAAUUCGUACUGAAUAAUGUCUUUUACAAAGCCAAGUCAGCAAGAGAAAUGUGGUGAGAAUGAUGAUAAAAAAAAACUAGUGGGACUAUUUAAAAAAAUUGGAUAAUAGUCGAAGUGCAAAGUGCUUAUUAUGUUCAAAAACUUUGCUGAUUAGUAACCGUUCAACGACAGGCUUAAAAGGCCAUUACAAAAGAUACACUGCGUCAACGUUAAUUCUGCAAACAGCAAAUUACCACUUGGUAAUACAGAUAUAGUUCCCACAGCAAUAGCAUCUACAUCAAAAAAUGUCGAUGAUCAGGAAGUAGGUAUUAUACUAAACAAAAAGGCUAAGAAGAGUAUUAAUGCCUAUUUCGUAAAAGAAAAUUCGAUGGAAGCCAUGGUUACAAGGAUGGUGUGCAAAGAUGGUUUUACACUGAGUUCAUUUUGUACAUCUUCCGAUUUAAGAUGUUUGUUCGCAAGAAAUGGAUUCCAAUUGCCAACUUCUCCCAACACCAUAAGGUCAAUGAUUACCAAUUAUGCUAAAACUAUCGAAGCGGAUUUAAUAAAAAAAUUCGCAAAUUUAAAAGAAAAGGGUCAAAGAUUUUCGUUAAGCUUUGAUGAGUGGACAUCACAAAAAAAUCAUAGAUACAUAAAUCUCAACGUGCACCAUAAAGAGACUCAUUUUAAUCUUGGCUUGAUCAGAAUUCGUGGAUCCUGCACUGCCGAACAUUGCAUUGAAUUAGUAUCAGAACGGUUGAAAACAUUUGGUUUAAACUUUGAAACCGACACCAUUGGUAUCACUACUGAUGGCACAAGCUUUAUGGUGAAAGUUGGUAGACUCUUGCCUUGCUAUCAGCAACUGUGCUUUGCACAUGGAAUCCAGUUAGCUGUGGUAGACGAUUUGUAUAAAAAGAAAGAUAAAAAAGAAGUAGAACACACAGAGAUAGAUGAAAGUGAUGAAUAUGAUGACGAAGACACUGAGACCAAUGAAGGCUUAGAAAUAGUCAUUGAACCGACACCGACUGAACCGGACGUGAUUCCGCGAUACAGUGAACUUCUUAAAAGAGUGCGAAAAGUUGUUAAGACUUUUAAAAAAUCACCAACCAAAGAUGAUAUGUUUUUGCAAAAAUAUGUAAAAGAAGCGAAGGGCAAAGAACUGAGCUUCAUUCUUGACUGCCGCACUAGGUGGAACAGUCUCCUCAACAUGCUGGAACGUUUCUACAGUGUAAAAGUUUGCAUUGAUAAAGCCUCAAUAGACACUGGCUCAGACACUAAAUUCUCUUCUGACGAGUGGUCACUAAUCAAUGAGUUGAUCACCAGUCUUCAACCGGUUAAUUAACGAACAAACGAAUACGAAUGGACCCUAGACCCUCACUGACGCGCAAUUAACUGCUUGCCCCUGGAAGUCGGCUUCUUACAGAAACAGCUUUCCUAUCAUCAAAUGUC